UCUUUUCUUGAAUGAAUGUUAAUGAAUGUGUUUGUUGGGUAGGGCGUAACGUUGUGUUUGUGAUUGUUAAUUCGUGAUUAAAUAACAAUUAUUUGUGUACUUAUAUUUCAGUGAGUUGUGUAUUAAAAUUAUUUUACUAACGAAGUCCUUGUGCCCAGUGGACAUACAGUACCUAUAAGAAACAAUGAAGAAUAGAAGUUUAACUGGAAACUGCGGCAUUGGUGUAUUCAUCAUUGCCCUUGUGACAGUGGCAUUGGCAUUCGGUACGCCUAGCUGGCUGGUCAGCGACUCAAGAAUAAGGGGCGCAAAAUUGGACAGGUUGGGACUUUGGAGCCACUGCUUUAGAUCUCUUCCUGAUCCCUUGGAUCAAUAUCAGAGGAGGUUUUUCGUGGGCUGCCGUUGGGUAUACGAUCCAUUCACAACUGGCUAUGACAGGAUUCGCGGCUACUUGCUUCCUGGGUUUAUGAUAGCAACGCAGUUUUUCUUCACGAUAUGUUUGCUUGGAGUUCUGGUCUCAACAAUAUUGGUCCUUAUUUUCUUUCUGUGUUGUGGGCCGGACCAACGACGCUUUGUGCUUCUGAUAAGAUGUAUAGGCUUUAUCAUGUUAGGAGCAGGCAUCAGUGGAGCGAUAGCAGUGAUAGUUUUCGCAUGCUUAGGAAAUGCGGAUGAGUGGAUGCCAGAUCACGCAAAUAAUUAUUUAGGUUGGUCUUUCGGCCUUGGCGUGGUCGGCGCAGUGGCGUGCCUCGUCACAGCCGCUCUGUUCCUAACGGAAUCCAACAUACAGUUGAAGAAACGAAGGAAACUCAAGGAGUCACAAGCCCGUUUCGAAAUGGAGUAUGAGUCAAAGGCAUAAUGUAACCAGCGCGCCGUUCGUGGUAAUUGGGGCUCGUUAACUGUGUUCAUAAUUGCUUCUUUGAUAUUACUCUAGGUACUAUAUACACUUCUGGAUAUGACUAUUUAAUGUAUUCUAUAUAUAGAUCUGAGUGCGAUUUAAUUUCUUCUUGAGCUUCUCUAUAAAAGACAUGAAAUAAGUUUGAAAAGUAGUUUUAUCAAUCAUUAAUAUUUUAAUAAAAAACAUUCCAGUGUUUUACAUAUUUCCAAUUUUCAAUGACACAUGCCUUUUGGUUAAAAUGAUGAUAACAAUGACAAUGAUGAUAAACAUUUUUAUGUAAUUGUUGUAACUAGUAAAUCAGUGGUACCUCUACGUCUCAGAAGCAUUGUAGUACUGCUAUACUUGUUGCUAUUUGACUUUAGGAUCUAUUGCUAUAGUGUGUGUGCUGAUAGUGAAUGUUAUUUUAUACGAAUGUUAGUGCCUUUUACGAUAGGUACCUAUUAAUCGAAUGUAUUGAUGGGCGCACAACGUCAAAAAGUUUAUGUAGGAUACCUACAGACUGUGAAAAGAGUGGAAAUUUUUGCCAAACUAUAGUUUUUUACGGUUUUCAAACUAAAUGGUUGAAAAGCACUCAGUGACGAACACAGCGCCCUCAUUUCUUUUUUACUCUUCAUAGACAGAUACCAAGACUUUGUAUUUCACCUGUUUUCUACUGUUUGAGUAUGAUACGAUGUAUUAAAGUUUAUUGCCUGGAACAAUCCAAUAUUUUUUGGGAUUUUAUUAGUUGUCGUUCGUCGUUUUUAGGCUUUUUUAUUGAAGUUCAGCGGAUGUAAUCCUAAGCACAAAUUUCUUAGAUUUGAAAUAACCAAGUUUUAUCUAAUACUAAAUCGAAAAAUAAAAUGCAUCUAUCUACUACAAUUUUUGUGAGAUACUACUUGAAUAUUUGUAUAACAGACAAAAAUGUCAUUUUUUUAUCACACUUUCUACACAUAUUUUGACAUGAUUUAAUUUUUUUAAUGUGUUAACUUUUUAUACCUACCUAUUUUUAAAUAAAGCAUUAAUUUAAGUUCGAUUUACUGUAAGUCAUUAAAAAGUAAGGAGGCAGUGAUAACUACAUUUCCUUCUUAUCUCCAUUUAACAAUGUACAUAUUUAAAUUACUAAAUUGAUAUCAUUUAUACACUUAACGAAUUACCUGAUAUUUUACCGUCCAUUUUUGUAUUUUGUAGUAUUUAAGAAUCAUGUUACGAGUAGCUAUUUAAGUAGGUAAGAACGAGGUGACAACGUAAAGAAUCUCUGAUUGCCGUCCACCAAUUUUGUAUUAAGCAAAUACAUUUUUAAUAAAUA